UGGCCAAAACACCCUCAGAACGGCUUCACAAUGAUUGGAAAGAUGCUUUCUGUUUCUGGCGCCCUUGUCGUGUUCUGCCUUCUCGUUGAGAAAAUUUCCGGACAUGGAAUGAUGAUGGAACCACCAAACCGCAGCUCUUUGUGGCGGUUUGACCCAACGGCACCUCCAAAUUACGACGAUAACCAGAAUUUCUGUGGCGGAGUGGCUGUCCAAUGGAAACAAUUUAACGGCAAAUGUGGCGUUUGCGGCGAUAUCUACGACGCUCCGCAUCCGCAAGACAACGAAAAUACAGGGACUUAUGGUCAAGGGAAGGUUGUACGGACGUAUAAUUCGGGAAGUGUGGUUGAUAUCACGAUUAAUUUGACGGCUAAUCAUAUGGGAUAUUUCAACUUCAGUGUGUGUGUUUUGCAAGAUCCAAACGCCCCGGAAUCGGGAGAAGAGUGUUUCCAACCCAUUACUCUUGCAAAUGGCGAGCCGAGAUACUACAUUCAAUCUACCGACAAGACUUUGAUUGUUGAUACUCAAGUUAAGUUGCCUGAUGGCUUGAAGUGCGACAGAUGUGUCCUGCGUUGGCAUUACAAUUGUGGCAACAGUUGGGGACAAUGCGAUGAUGGCAGUUACGCCGAAGGAUGUGGGCCUCAAGAAACUUUCAGGUCGUGUGCUGAUGUUGCGAUAGUGUAGUUUGAUAAACUUUUUGUACAAAAAUGUAAAUAGAUCAAUAAAUAAAUAAGCAAUGCAA